AUGAUUGGUACAUGGCUUCAGAUUAGAAUAAAUUGUGUUGAAUGUUCGUAUAAGAAUGAUAAGCGCAUAUGGAUUAUUAAAUCAACACUAACAGAUGACUGGCAAGCAAAAUAUGAUGAACAUUUCGUUAUGACGACACCGAAGAACACUUUACAAAAAUGGCUCCAUAGAUUAUUACUAUACAUUUAUCAUGAAUCACUUGAUGAGGUUUUCAAUGAAUUAUGUGAUCUAUAUCCGACUGAAAAGUGGAUUCUAGCUGUGAAGCACGUAGCUCUUGGUGAUCAUAAAAAGGAGAAAGAACACAACUGGCCACUAGCUUUAGAACAUUAUGAAAAAGCAUUAGCGAUCUGGUUUGAACAUAUGAAUGAUGGUGAGUUAAAUCCAGAUUAUGACAUCGUUCGUCUUUAUCUCAAAAUUGGUAUCGGCUGUCAAGACCCUGUAAUUGCCCUGAAGAACUAUAAUUUGGCUAUUGCACAUAGUCAACUAGCUCUUGAAAAAGUUAAUACAAGUUAUGAACAAUAUAUGUUACAAAGAUGGGUGAUUGAUGGAUAUGAUAUGAAAAAAGCUGUUUGUACUGAUGACAAUGACAGAAAAGAAUGUCGAUUAGCAAUGAUUAAAUACAAAGAAUUACAAAUAGAGGCUCUAACACAAAUGCAAUCUGCCACAACGACUGGAAACUACAGUAAUCAUCUCAGACGUGAACAAGUGGAGCUUGCUGAUCUUUACGAAUCAGUUGGUAAAUAUAACGAAGCAACAGCAGUCUAUGAAAAGGCUUUAGAAACUGAGCUAAAACGGUCAGAAAAGGACAUUCCUACAAUCAGACAUAUCACUAAAGAAUUGGCUUAUAUCUAUAGUAAGCACAAACACGAUUACAAUAAUGCAAGUAAAUAUCAAUCGAUGCAACAUCAAUAUUUAUUAAAAGAACUCGAACACAAUCCAGCAUGUGGUUACGUAGACAAGGCUAAUAACAGUCAAAGAUUAGCUGAUAGCCAACGAUAUCUAGCAAAGCUUUAUCGAAAAGCCCAACAAUACGAAUUAGCUGUUGAAAGCUUAACCGAAGCGAUAAAGUUAUACGGUGACAGUGGUCAUGGAGAUAAAUACGAAAUCAUGUCGAACCUUGAAGAUAAACUUGUAGAAAUACAGAAUUUGCUAACAUCAUCGAAAGCUUCCGAAUCAACAUAA